GCGAUCUUCAUCCCUCGCCUCCCUCCGGCGAAGGAGGAGCGAGCCGGGCAGGAAGGAGGGGCGAGCCGGGCCGCGCGCGCAGAGGGAAAGGGGAAAGAAAAGUUUUCAGAGAGUUUCUGGAGGCGGUUCCAAAGCCCUGAGCGCGUCGUCGUCGUCGUCCGGGCGGCCUCGGCAGCAACACCAGCGCGCAUGGACGCCCUCAAGUCCGCCGGACGGGCCAUAAUCCGAAGCCCCAGCAUCGCCAAGCAGAGCUGGAGCAGCGGCAGGCAUAAAAAGCUCCCAGAAAACUGGACUGACACCAGAGAAACCUUAUUGGAGGGUAUGCUCUUCAACCUGAAAUACCUGGGCAUGACACUCGUCGAGCAACCUAAAGGUGAAGAGCUAUCCGCUGCUGCUGUCAAAAGAAUUGUAGCCACGGCAAAAGCAAGUGGCAGAAAGCUCCGGAAAGUAACCCUAAAAGUGUCUCCCAGAGGGAUAAUCCUCAGUGACAGUGUAACAAAUGAGGCAAUCGAAAACAUCUCAAUAUACAGGAUAUCCUACUGCACGGCAGACAAAGUGCAUGACAAGGUGUUUGCCUAUAUUGCACAGAGCCAGCAAAAUGAGAACCUGGAGUGCCAUGCUUUCCUCUGCACCAAACGGAAAAUGGCUCAAGCCGUCACCCUCACAGUUGCUCAGGCGUUCAAAGUAGCAUUUGAAUUUUGGCAGGCAGCCAAGGAAGAAAAGCGGGAAAAGGCCAUCUCGGAAGGAGAAAGCACCAGCAGUCCAAGUAUGGAUAGUUCUGCCUCAUCAAAAGGAUCGGUCACCACAGGGAACCUGCUAGACCUAGAGAAUGUUGCUAAAACUCCCCUGACUGUCAAUGCAAACUCCACGCAGUCAGACGGAAGCAUCUUCGGGCCACAUUCAUCAGAAAACAACAACGUCAUGUGGGCAAUGGACGACGGACUGGAUGAAGCUUUUUCAAGACUGGCACAAUCUCGAACUAACCCCCAAGACCUCGACAUUGGCUUGACUGCACAAGAUAUCCAAAGCGCCGAAAUCCUCUCUCCUGUUGACUGGGACAAAGUAGAUUCCUCUACAGUGGCGGGGAAAGACGACAACCUCUUUGGUUUCUGACGUCUUCUCUCUCUCUUUCCUUUUCUCCUGACCAGCUUUUCAAGUUACGUAACCACUGAGAACUUGAUGCACUGCAUUCUGGGUGAUUUUUUCUAACCGGAGGGUUUUCCUUAAGAAGGGUGGGUGAGGCAAACAUCUGGUCCAGAUGGAUGCUAUAAUGUCACCAUAUAACUCUUUAGACCAAAGCUUUAGAUACUUUAAUAAUCUAUAUAUAUAUAUAA